AUGUCUUCUUCAACCCCCUCCUACGAUCUCACCUCCAACCCUCCUUUCACACCCAAAACCAGAACACCGAUUCGUUCCUCCUCAGCUUCCUCUACAACAUCCUCACCCUCACCCUCAUCUCAUACCUUCCAAUCACCCCCCAAACCACUCAUCCUCAUGCGUUCCUUCUCCGCAUCCUCCACCUCCUCCAUCUCCUCAACACAAUCCCGUACUUCCCAACCCUCGUCACCAUUCCUCGAACCGCAUUCGCGAUAUGAAUCGAGACAUCCGAGUGAACUCAUCUAUAGACGCAUGCCGGAUAGUCCUAAACCUCAUUACUUCUAUGAGAGACCCGGAUUUUUCAUUCCAAAGAGAUCAGCGCCGAAAGCGCCGGGGGAGCCGAGGUCAAAGGUGGUUUUUGUUGGGGGGAUGGACGGGGAUGAGGAGGAUCAAGAAGAAUGA